GGUGCCGCGCGGUUGCCGUGGCGACACGCUGUGUUUGGCCUCCGGGCGAUCUCCGAGCGUCUCGAUGGCGGGCGUUCAGCAGUGCCUGUCCCAACUUGCCGCGUGCAGCUCGCCGUCGGCGCCCGAGCGGCCGCUGCAGGUGAAGGUGGUGGGACUCUUCAAAAGCUCCAGCUUUCAGAUCGCGAAGAUCAUGGCCGAGAGUCUGAAGAAUACUUAUCCAUCAAAAUUUGAAGAUUCUAUAAUAAUUCCUCUUCAAGAAUUUUCCUGGGAUCAGUAUCUACAGGAGAAAAAAAGGGAACUCAAGGGUGAAAUCUGGGAGUAUUCUUCCCAUGUGAUGUGUUUCCUCAAUGACCAACUCCUGGGGGAUGCACUUGACCUACAGAGAUGGGCCCAGAAGGUGUGGGAUGUUGUGGAUGUGAAGCCCACUGCACUAUAUGAGGCACUUACUUUGGAUUAUUCCACUAAAUUCUUAAGAGACACCAAGCAUGAUUUUGUGUUCUUGGACAUUGGUAUCGAUUUUUUUCCAAUUGGAAGAUUGAUUUUUGAGCUGUACUGUGAUACAUGUCCCAAAACAUGUAGAAAUUUUCAGACGUUGUGUACGGGAAAAGCAGGGUUUUCCCAAAGAGGCAUAAGGCUACAUUACAAAGGGUCAAUUUUUCAUCGAGUAGUACAGAAUGGCUGGAUACAAGGAGGAGAUAUAGUAGCUGGAAAAGGAAAUGACGGAGAGUCUAUUUAUGGACCAACAUUUGAAGAUGAAAACUUUUCAAUUCCUCAUAAUAAAAGAGGAGUUCUUGGAAUGGUCAACAAAGGCUGUCACAGCAACGGGUCACAAUUCUAUAUUACACUACAAGCAACUCCCUACCUAGAUAGGAAAUAUGUGGCAUUUGGGCAAUUGAUUGAAGGAACAGAAGUUCUUAAACAACUAGAAUUAGUUCCAACAGAGAAUGAAAGACCAGUACAAAUAUGUAGCAUUACUGACAGUGGAGAUCUUUAUGCCUGAUUUUCAUAUCAAUAUUUUCUGUGAUGAUUUACUACUUUCCAUCUGAUUAGCUGCUUCUAGAUUUAAUUAAAGAAGUGCUUAAUAACAUUUGACUUGAAAACUGUG